ACCUGUUCCGGUCUUUCUUAAACAAUGACAAAAAAUCUAUGUAUAUAAAAACACAACCCCUCAUUUCUGUUGCAUAAGAUUUAAUCUGUGGGCAAAGUUGGUGAUGUUUAGGAUCAUCUGUAUUAGAGCUGUAGCAGUGAAUCAUGUGGCUCGCGCUGUGUCGGACCUCCGCGAGGCGCUGAUCACGAGAGGAAUGGGCAUACGGUACUCGUCGCUGGAUGCGCAAAAAUCUCUUCAAAAUGCCUACAUUUUCGGUCAUGUACAAGGGAGCUGUCAUGAUUAGCAGGACACUAAUGGGUCCGUAUGGAGUAGAUCGAGCAGUGCAUUCUAUGGAAUUUACAGACUGUGAGAAUGGAUUAGGAAUCAAAGUGAUCGGUGGUGUGAAAGAACUAACAGGAGAGGAAUAUGGCGUUUAUGUGAAGAGGAUCUUACCUGGUGGCCUUGCUUCCAGUGAUGGAAACCUGCAGCCUGGAGACCAGAUCUUGGAGGUGAAUGGUGAAAGCUUGAUUGGCGUGACAAGUGAACGAGCGGUGGACAUUCUUAGAGCAGCAUCCUCAACCAAUCACAUGCGCCUUCUCAUAGCCAGAGAUGAGGAAGCCAGGCGAGAAUUUGCAGAGCUCCUUGAAAAAUACGGCUCAAACGGCAGCACAGGAUCUACCAGGAAUUCACCUAUUCAGCAUACAGGCAGAUACUUGGACAGCACGUCAUCAGGAUCUUCAUCCAGAUCUCAGAGUCCUCUAUUGCUCAGUCCUGCUGGUUCUCAGAGUAAUUACAGCAACACAGGACCCUUGCUACGCUCCCUAAGUCACCCAGGUGAAGGGGUGAUUCAGCUGAUAUCAAUCACUCGCUCCUGCAGUCUGGGUAUUACCAUCGGCGGUGGCUCCAACAGACCUGAUGGCCCUGCAGUUUUCAUCCAGGAAGUGCUGUCCGGAGGAGAUUGUCAUCGGGAUGGACGGCUCAGACCCGGAGAUCAGCUUAUCGCCAUUAACAAGGAGUCAUUAAUAGGAGUCACGUAUGAGGAGGCCAAAAGCGUGCUCAAUAAAGUCAAAUUCAGUCAGGAACCAGUGGUGGAUAUUGCCUUCAUCCCAGGAAAAGGACCUUUCUCCAACAGCCCAUCGUUGUAUAAUGGAGUUCAGAGGGGGGUUGGGAACGGAUACAACUCCAGCCGGUUAAAAGUUCAUGUCCGAUCUCCUGAGGUGCGACUAGAGGACACAGCUCCAGUGCUUUCAUCCUCCCCGGAUAUCUGCCCUCCAGACAUACAGGUUUCAGCCUCCACCGCACAGAGACAAGCCGCCGUUUCCAAACCCAAGAUCUCGCUGGACCCUCACAUACGGCUCAAAUCAGAGAAGCUCGAGCUGGCUCUGUCGUACCUGGGUCUGGAUGUAACAGAUGAGAAGAAACGGCAGCUCAGAGAGAGUCUUACUACAGACCCUCAGGGAACGGUCUCGUAUGGAGACUUCGUGGAAGCCACCCGCAGCGUUUAUCAGGAGAAGCUGGAGGAGGCGGGACUUGGACAGGGUCCCUUCAUGUUCUCCUAUCAGGAAGCAGCUAGUUUGAUGGACACCUCUGCCUUUCAUUCCCCAACCUAUGAGUCAGAGUGCAGCUACAGUAGUGAGGAACUGGAGGAGUUUCAGACUGAAGUCAAACAACUCCAACUGCAAAUGAAACAGCUUAAAGUGUUGCUGAAAGACACAGAAGACAGUAAAAAGACUCUGGAGGAGGAACUGCAGAAGACAGCUGAGAAGGCCACAGCCACAGUGGAGGAGAAUAAGUCUCUGAAGAGUAAGCUGCAGGUAGCAGAGGCUGUUCAGAGACAGACUAACAGUGCUGAGCAAGACUAUGAGGAGGUCAUUCAGCUCCUGGAGGCUGAAAUCAAAGAUCUGAAGAACCAGCUAGCCGGAAAGAAACAGAGAGGCCUGGAGGCUACUAAGGAGGAUGUGAUGGAGCUGAACAGGAGGCUCAACAUCAUUGACAGCCAGCUGAGAAGGUCUGAACUCACACGGAAACACCUGGAGAUAUCCAACAAGAAGCUCCUUGGCUUUGCGCAGAAUGUCCACAAAGUUCUCACCACUAGCAGCUUAUUUGGGAAUGAAACUGGGUGCGCACGAGCGUCUCCAGCGACUGACAGCCCAGACACACCCUCACCGAUCCCAGACUCUGCCUGCCAGCUCGCAGCUGAGGCCAAAGAGCUUGUAGAUGGUGUCUGCUCACUUUGUACUGAGGAUCACACAUUACUCCAGUAUGUAGAGGGAGACGUUGUGAAGGCUGAAGAGGACUGUGAUUCAGACCUCAUUCAGUGGCCACAACCUCCUGUCCUCGGGACUCCUGCAGCAGAGCGGCGAGGUCAGUAGAGCAUCUGGGACGAACAGACAAACCGGGCUCAUUCACAACAUGAAGGUCAAACUGCAGUUAUACUGUGGAAAAUAAGAGACUGUGAAGACCUGCAGUGUGGUUUGUACUCUUUCAAGAGGCCUGAGCUCUACUGAUCAAACUCAAACUCAAUUUUUAAAGCAGUCCAUGUACAUAUUUAACACGUAGCAGUACUGAGUGUCAUAACAUAAAGGCAGAAACCAACCGAGGGCAUUAAAAUCUGAAACACAGAUGACACCACUAACAGCAGAGGUGACUUUGAGAUGAAUAGCGAAUGAAGCGGUUUCCACACACAGUUACGAAGAUGAUCUCAUUCAAACGGUAUAUUUCCCCAUUUCGACAACUGUAAUGAAAACACAUGUGGCUGUGCAGCUGACCUCUCUAUUAGAGUUAGGUAUAUUAUACAGUACAUGUAUUACAUUUCACUUAGGGAUCUUCGGGACAGUCCCCACUCGUCAUCAUUUGAUAUGAUGCUUAUUUGUAUCUGUUCUGAGAAGUGCUAUGACGUUUUGAAGAUUUUAUAUUUUCGGUCCGAAUCUUUUAUUAUUCACAGACAUGUAGACACGCUCGCUUCUAAGUAUGUGCGCGGUUGCCGUCAUAAACCUUGUAAAUCUCGCCGUCGAACCCUUCAAUGUCCUCUUCUUGUCUUUGCCGAUCAUGUCAGUCCACGCUGGGAUGCACAAUGUCACCUGCUGCAUUACAAUCAGGUACGUUCUGUCAAGUGCUUUGGGGGACCCUUCGUGGUUUGUUUCGUGGAUGGA